AUGGCAAUUGAUCAAGAUGUGAAAGAGUUGGUAAUUAUGGGAGAUUCGGAUCUAAUUAUCCGACAGGCUCAAGGAGAAUGGGAAACUCGAGAUGUUAAGCUUAUACCGUACAUGCAAUCUGUGGAAGAUCUUAGCAAACAGUUCAAAUCCGUUGAGUUCAGGUACGUCCCUCGGUUUCACAAUGAGUUAGCCGACGCACUCACUACCUUGGCCUUAAUGUUGCCGUAUCCGGGCAAUCUCCACAUUGACCCACCGGAAAUUCAAAUCCGAGAAAGGCAUGGUUAUUGCAACACAGUUGAUGUGGAGCAAAUGUACAACCAUGGUAUUUUUCCAAACCAUGGACAACAAGUGAUUGUCAACAUGUAUUUCGAGUGGAAAUCUGAUUGA